GUUGGUUCACCUAGCCAUUAUCCACUGUGUUCCAGCUGUGGCACUCUGCUGCAUCGCUCAGCUGCCCAGGGAGGUGCUGGAGAUCCAAAAUGAUCUUUUCCAGACCCCCCUCCACCUUGCCGUGUACCUGGAGCAGCCCAGUGUCAUCCAGGCGCUGAUCCACAAAGGAGUGAACCCUGGGCUGCAGGACCGCAACGGCAACACCCCACUGCACCUGGCCUGUGAGCAGCAGCGCCUGUGGUGUGCCCAGCAGCUGUUGCAGGGCACAGCCCUGCCAGAGGGCACGACCCAGCCCCAUGGGCACCACCAGGACCUGCAGCUCCAGAACUGGCAAGGCUUGGCUUGUCUGCACAUCAGCACCUUGAAGGGGAACAUCCCAAUGAUGUCUCUGCUGCUGGAGAGUGGCGCCAACAUUGAUGUUCGGGAGGGUACGAGUGGGAAGACCCCAUUGCACCUGGCCGUGGAGUGCCACAACCGCAAGGCCGUCCAGUUCCUGCUGCGCAACGGGGCGUAUGUGGAUGCCCAGAUGUACAAUGGGUGCACCCCGCUCCACCUGGCUGUGGGCCGCAAGGAUGCUGCCAUCGCCGCCAUUCUCUCACACUCCGGGGCAGACACCCUGCUGAGGAACAUGGAAAACGAGACAGCCCAGGACCUGGCUGAUGGCCAUGACGAUCUCCUCGCCUUGCUGCCCUUCGAUGACCUGAAGAUCUCGGGGAAGCCUGUUGUGUGCUCUGAGUGAGCGGCUGGACUCCUUUGGCCCUUCAGGCUGCCUCCUCACUCUGCAUCAUUGCCUGCUGGGACCUUGCCUGCCUGCAGUUCAGUGGGAGCAAGAGCUACUUUGGGAGAUUUAUUUCCCCCCUCUCCUCUUUGG